UUACCAACUAAUAUCUAUUGCCUUUCUGACUUGUGUAACCUGACAUUGGCAGAAGGCUAAGGCGUCCUCCGUACUCGACUGGUCCCGGGUCUUCAGAGAAUCCGGUGUCAGCGGCAGUUAUCAGUUGGCUUUCAGAGAAGUGACGACCUUAUUCGUUGGAAAGGAUACGCGAAUUGGGCGUCGAUCCGUUUUCAGCAGUUGGUCUUCCUACUUCGACAAUGGCAUUCGACAGCUUCCAGCAUCAGGCCCAGUUUCCGGCCGUGGAUCACGUCGACAACGAGCUUGUCGACAAAAUAGUCAACAAGCUCAAAUCUCAGGGGAUCUUCGAUCAGUUCAGAAAGGACUGCCUAGCCGACGUCGAUACCAAGCCUGCUUAUCAACAUUUGCAACAGCGUGUUAAUGGCAGUGUAUCUGGUUUUCUGAAAAAGAACCAAUGGAAGCAGGACUUAAAUAAGACCCAGCUUCGUGAAUCAUUGAGGCACCAUGUUCAACAAGGAUUUCUUCAAGCAGGAGUCGAUCGGAUUGUCGAUCAAGUUGUAAAUUCCAAAAUCUAUUCAGUUUUUAUGCCAAAGGUCGAGGAUAUGGUAUACGAGACACUUGGCAUUGAAAAACCAAAACGGCCAGAAAGGGUUAAACCAAUAGGCACUUCAUUGGCUCCAAAAGUCGAAUCGCCAGUUAAUACACCACAAAAGGAAAAACCCGCCGAAACCACCCCUACUGAGCAACAGCCAAAGUCCUCUCAAUCACCGAUGAGUUUGCUUCCGAAAGGUUUGGAUCCUAUUUCACCUCCUAGUGACAUAGAAGAUGUAGAUCGGGAUGAUUCAAACACAAUUGACGAGACACCUUUUCUUCUCGCUUCAUUAAAACAGAAAGAAGCCGCGCCUCCACAGCAUUCUGAGGUGAGCAAUGGUUCUAAACUAUCUGGAAUUUCUGAGUUGUCGAGCCAUGGAAGCAGAAUAGAGAUUAGUUCGACGACAAACAGUAUCGUUCCUAAAACCCCUACUAAAAGCACCUCUAAUCAAAAACUGGACAACUUCUCUAAUUUAUCAGAGAAGUUAAAGCAGUUCGAUCCUCUCAAUAAAACCAUCAAAAAUACACUUUCAGAUUCCAAAAAAGCUAAUGACAGUAGAUGCUCUGAGGAAGAAGUGUCAUCAACUUCUGCAACUCUGCCAGUAGAAAGUGAAAGUAAUGGUUACAAUCGGGAUGACUCGAAUGCUGAACUUGAACGUCAGCUUAUGUCUGAAGACUCCAAAAGCUCUUUAACUGAUUUCAAGAAGUUCAAAUCUCAUAAGGCAGAUCUGAAAUCUGACAAUGCAAAUAAAACUGAAGAAGAUUCCAGCGUUAAUGAUUCUAAUUUGGAAAGUAAAAAGUCUCGAUCAGAGAAGAGCAAAAAAUCUGAUAGUUCGAAAGACAAAGAUCUUAAAAAGAAGAGUGAUAGAAAAGAAAGUUCUUCGUCUAAAGAAAAAGACAAGAAAAGAACCGAAAGAAAAGAUUCUGAAAAAAAAGAUUCAUCUAAAUCCUCCCGCCACAGCAGUUCUAAAAGUCACGAUUCUAAACGAAGUGAUGAUUCAAAACACAGAAGUGACAAAAAAGACGAAAAAAGUUCUUCGUCUCGUGAUAAAUCAAAGGACGAUAAAUACAGGUUAAAAGACGAUAAACACAAAUCUGAGAAAAAGCCCGAGUCAGAGAAGAAAGAUCACAAAAAGGAAGAUGACAAAGAGAGUAAGGAGAAAAGAGAAAGCGAUAAAACAAAAAGUAGUAAGGAUUCUAAAAAAAGUGAACGUCACCACAAAAGUAGCACGAGUGACAAAGACAAAGCUAAGCAUAAAACAUCUGAUAAAAAAUCUGACGAGAAACAUAAAGAGGAAGACAACAAAAAAGAUAAAGACGAUGACAGAAAAAAAAGAGAAGAAGAAAAGAAAAAAGAUAAAUCAAAGAAAGAAGAUGCAAAGGAUAAAAACAAAGAAAAAGAAAAAUUAUCUAGAAAAAGAAAAGGAGAAAGGUGUUCCGAGGUAAAAUCAAAAGAAUCCAGACGGUCAUCUGAUAGAGAUAAUAGUGGUUCUGGCCAUAGCAGUAAGAAACCUUCUUCUCACUCAAGCCAUAAGAGUUCUAGCGAAAAAACAUCAUCGUCAAAACAUAAAGAGCAUGGUCAAAAUGGAAAUGGUCCUCAGGAUGCAGAUGAAGGACUGAGCGAAGUGGAUCUCAUCUUGAUGAAAAUCAAUUCCUCAAUAGAAGAGGAAGAAAUUGCAAUGGCUCCUUUGAAAAAGACCAAAUUUGCAAAAAAUGCCCACGAAGUUAAGAAAAUCAUUAAUGCAAAGAGACACUUAGAAAGGCAGAAAAGAAAUUCUUUGCUAGACAGCACACCUAAUGAGGAGUCACCCAUCGACAACAAAGAAAAUCUGCAAGAUCAUAUCGCUCACCAAAAUAUAAAAGAAAAAGAGGAAACUCAACGAAAUGAAAUAAAACUUUUUGUUCCUGAAAAUGAAAUUAAAUCGGAGGAUACGGUUGAUAAGAACAUACAAGAUCUUUGUGCUUUCAAACCAGAACAGGAACAGGAAGAUAUACAAACUGUAGAAACGGAGUUCCUGACUGAAGACAAUGUACCUGAACAAAAUCGAAAAGAAGAUUGUACAGAAAAUGAAUCAGAGCUAACAGAUAAUCAGACUCAGAAUACUGUGUGUAAUGAAACAAAUGAUUAUUCAGACAUAAAAGCCUGCAUUCCAGAAGAAUCACAAAAAGAAGAAGAAACAAAUGAUCUUAAUGUUUCUACUUCUGUUACUGAGGCAGCUAAGAGUCCCGAAGUUGAAAAGACAAAAUCAGUUUUGAUAAGCGAUAAUGAAAUGGAUGGUUCUUCAUGCAACAUAGCAAAUAAUUCUGAAAGUGAAAAUCAGCCUUCAUUCCUGGGAUUUGAUUCUGAAUGCAUUGCUGUAGCAAAACAACAAUUAGUCAUUUUAAACAAUUUAAUAGAGAAAAUGCGAUCGUUAGAAACUCAGGCUCUGUCAAGUGAUGAUGAACUUGACAAUAAUCUCAACAACCUAAGAUCUUCCAGGCUGAGGAAAAGAAAAAGCUGCGAUGCAACUCAUAAAGUACAAAGAAAUAUCAGGAAAAGCGUAAAAGGGAACAAUGGCUGUGUAUCUUUAAGAACCUCUGAUGAUAAUGACUGUCCUGAAAAUUGCAUCUCACCAAGAUCAAAGAGCCCAGACAAUUCUCCAACCAAGCCAUUAUCUUAUUCUUUGACGGAAGCUAUGUUGAACAACUUGCUAAAAGAGUCCAACAUAAGUACAUUUCAAAAUCGGGAAGAUGACGAAGAAGAUGUCAUACCUAGCAAGACGGUUGUUAAAUCUACAAGAAAUGUUAAAAGCACAAAAAUCGACAAGACUGAGAAAAAAGAGAAAUGUACCCCUGAUGGGAAAACCCUCAGCCCAGCACUCCAUGACAAACGACGGAAGCCGAAGAGGUCAUCAGCAAGGUCUUCGGCCCAAAGGUAUGAUAGUACUGAUUUGUACAAACCAAGGGCCGUGGCUGCUCAGAGCUCGAGGAGGUUGAGAGCGCUGAAUGAUUCUAUUGACAAAUCUGAAGGGUCGUCCUUAGAGAAGAAAAGGCUCCGGUGAGGUUUGGCUUAGAGCACAGUUGUGCUGGGGGGGAUGACAAACCAAAGAGAUGCGAAAAUCCUGUAUGCUCAAUGUAAUCGUUUCCAUUGUAAAAUGUACGGAAUUAGAUAUAAGCAUUUUCUAUAACAGUGUCUUUCCUUAACCAGAUAUAUUUAUUUUUUAUAAUUGUAUAUUAUACCACUAGAAUAGAUUUUUCUACUUAGGUAUGUUACCUUUAAAGACAAAAUUUGCAUAUUUAAGGCUUUUGAACAAUGAAUUUUGUGUCUUUUUUUUAUAACAAACUACUUUCUAUGUUUCUCAAUGUAACAAGAAAUGCCUGCUGUUUGUUUACGGACAUCUUAUGUUCUAUGACUAGCAUUUGAAAAAACACCAAUACAAAUAUUUCAACAGUAUUAAGGCAGUAAAUAUGAAUAAAUAAGAAUAUUGUUUGUGUUAAUGAUAUAAUGAGAAUAUAACUUAUUUACUCAGUUGUGUUACCAUAAAUACAUAAAUUUUAUUCUGCCA